GUUAUCAUCAGCUGUGUCAUACACCAAAUAUCGGUUCUAAUGUGAUAGAUUCAGAUGAUAAGUGGCUCUGCCGGCAGUGUGUCUUUGCAACAACAACGAAAAGAGGUGGUGCGCUUAAGAAAGGACCAAAUGCUAAAGCACUGCAAGUCAUGAAGCAAACAUUGCCUUACAAUGUAGCUGACCUUGAAUGGGAUGCAGGCCAUAAAACAAAUGCCCAACAGUGUUAUUGCUACUGUGGAGGUCCUGGAGACUGGUAUUUGAAGAUGCUGCAGUGCUGCAAAUGUAAGCAAUGGUUCCACGAGGCUUGUGUGCAGUGCCUGCAAAAGCCAAUGCUGUAUGGCGACAGGUUUUAUACAUUCAUUUGUUCAGUUUGUAGUUCUGGACCAGAAUACCUCAAACGUUUACCCUUGCAGUGGUAAGUACAACCUAAAUCAAUCUCGGGCAGAAAUAU